GCUUCUCUUUCUGCUCAGACUUUUCCAUGGUUUGGCAUGGACAUUGGGGGAACUCUGGUGAAACUUGCCUAUUUUGAACCUAUUGAUAUCACUGCAGAAGAGGAGCAGGAGGAAGUUGAAAGCUUGAAGAGCAUCCGCAAAUAUCUGACUUCCAAUGUAGCCUAUGGAUCCACUGGCAUUCGAGAUGUCCACCUUGAGCUGAAAGACUUAACGAUUUUUGCUCGAAGAGGAAACUUGCACUUUAUUCGAUUCCCAACUCAUGAUUUGCCUACUUUUAUCCAAAUGGGAAGAAAUAAAAACUUUUCAACACUACAUACGGUGCUCUGUGCCACCGGCGGUGGUGCUUACAAGUUUGAAGAAGACUUUCGCACAAUUGGAAACCUCCAGCUGCACAAACUGGAUGAGCUUGACUGCCUUGUCAAAGGCUUAUUGUAUAUAGACUCUGUCAGCUUCAAUGGCCAGGCAGAGUGCUAUUAUUUUGAAAAUGCCUCAGAUCCUGAGAGAUGCCAAAAGAUGCCUUUUAACCUGGAUGAUCCAUACCCAUUGCUGGUUGUUAACAUUGGUUCAGGAGUCAGUAUUUUAUCAGUCCAUUCCAAAGACAACUAUAAAAGAGUAACUGGAACGAGUCUAGGUGGAGGGACCUUUCUUGGUUUAUGCAGUUUGUUGACGGGCUGUGAAAGUUUUGAAGAAGCUCUGGAAAUGGCAUCCAAAGGAGACAGCACACACGCUGACAAGCUGGUUAGAGAUAUUUAUGGAGGAGACUAUGAAAGAUUUGGCUUGCCAGGAUGGGCUGUAGCAUCCAGUUUUGGGAAUAUGAUCUACAAAGAGAAGAGAGAGUCUGUUAGUAAAGAAGAUCUUGCAAGAGCCAUAUUGGUCACCAUCACCAAUAACAUUGGGUCUAUUGCCCGGAUGUGUGCAGUAAAUGAGAAAAUAAACAGAGUUGUGUUUGUUGGCAAUUUUUUACGUGUGAAUACUUUGUCAAUGAAGCUUCUGGCAUAUGCACUGGAUUACUGGUCAAAAGGCCAGCUGAAGGCCUUGUUCCUAGAACAUGAGGGAUACUUUGGAGCUGUUGGUGCUCUUCUUGGGCUGCCAAAUUUCAGUUGAGAUACCAGAUGUCACUACACUGAACUACUUUCCACCUGAAUGACACUUGUUUAUAUCAAUGGGAACUAAAUCUGGGGAGGGGAGAAGAAAAUAGCAGAUUUUCUGUAACUGUGUUUUUAAGACGUGAUUAGCUACUGAAUAUUGCCAUUAUAAAGAAGGGGGUUUCACUCUGUUGGGCAUUGAAAAAUUAACUGUUAGGGGAUAUUGUUUAUGUUCUUUGGUACAUGUAGCCAGUCUGGAACUUCUGAUAUGCAAUACACCCUUUGAAAACAAACUUCCAAAAGAAGGAAUGCCAAACCAUUAAUGUUCAGAUGAAACUAUUCCAAGUUGGUAUAGCUAUUAAACUUAACCACUUUCACCUUUCUAGUUCUAUUUUUAAGGCAACUGCAAUUUGAAUAAGAAGGGGGGUACUUCUGCAAUACAUUCUGAAUAUUUAGCAAGCUGGGGUGAAGGCAUCCUCAGAGUUCUUUACUAAAGCUAGCAGAGGUUAAUGUAUAAACACCUUUUCAUUCUUUUUUAGUAAAGCCUCAAUAAAUUUAACAGUUCAGAGAGAAACAGCACUGAUACACUUUCCUUGUUUUAUAGUUUGGUUGAGAUUUUCAGAGGGUGUUCAGAUGUCUGACCUGCCUUUUGAAGAUCUCUCCCUAUCCAUAGUGUUCUGCAGGCAAGCACCUGUGUGAUUCUACCAACACCUCCAUUCAUAAUUUGAGAGUUACAAAAAUAUGAGACCUUGCUGUUCCACUUACUCUCAGCCUGUAUAUUAAGAACAGAAGUUCCAUUCUGGCUUCUUAUAAUGGAUUAAAUAUUUCUUCAGUAGUACUGUGAGAUUCCUACUUGCAUUUGAGUUGUUGGUAGUAUAGGUGCAAGGCAUUGCACCUAUAUUGCAUUAAGGGCUGUAAUACUAACUCUUUGUCUCUAUCCAGUAUAGGUCUUCAGGAAAUACCUACUUCCAGAGAAACUGUAAUAACUGUUUCUAAAUGGUUCAGAAUAACAGUGGGAUUUUAACAUUUGGAACUCAUUUAAGUGUCUUUUAUCUAGAGAAAAUCUGUGCUUCUUGAAGACUAGACGGUGUCUUAUGCAUUCAUUCAUUAACUUACAUUAAUGCCUAAAUGUGCAUUCAACCUAUUUUUAAAUAUGAGUUUUACUGUUCAUGUUCUGGAUACUAGAUGGCUAUAAUCCUGAGGAAACAGUUCAGCUGAGUUCAGAACAGAAAUGAAGGUCAGUGGGAUUCUGUUGAGUUAUCUGUGGUUAGAUUUUUAUCCUGAGUCCAUUUGCACACGUAAUAAGACUAGUUCUUUGCCUUGUCAGUGCUUUCCUAGCAACAGGGCUUUCUACAUCCUUUUUUUUUUUUUUUCUUUUUUUUUUUUAUAAUGUAGGCUUAAAAAAACAUGUAAUAUGUAAUAGAGUGUUGCUUAGGUUAAAAAGUGAACAAAAACCUGUGGGUCAGAUUAGAAGACCUGUAGGUCACAGUGCAGAGCUAGGAAUACACUUGACACAUACAGUUACUGUUUGGGUUGCAUUAAUUCUUCCAUUUCCCAUUAAAACACAGUGAGAGGGGGCAGCCUUAACAGUCAUGGAUAAGAUGGGUGAAUUAAGUCCUUAGACAUGGCCAUGGGAGAUAAGAAAAUGCUUUAUCACAGUAUAGAGGGAUAAUUCCCUCCUUACAUUCUUUUAAGUUUUACUGAUGUAUUCCAAAGUACGUCACCAGUAUUCUGUCAUCUGUGAUAAAAUUCCUAAUUCUAAGUUUUUAAAAAGUCUGCAAAGAAGCCUGUUUUGUUAGUUUUGUUUACUUCACACAUGUAAAGCAUAUUAAAUAUUCUUAAAAAUAUGCUUUCUGAAAACAUCUCAAAAGAUGAUGUAAUAUAUUUGUAAUUAUUAAUUGCUAAUGGAAUAUGUUUGAGCAGUCUAGGUUUGCAUAACUGAGUGCCGAAUCCUGCUUACUUUAGUUAGUCAAGUAGAUGAUUCUCUUAAAUGGGGACUGUUUUAAAAUAAUGAGCAAGAUCUGGCCUCAAGGUCUUCUGCCUGGGGAACACAGUAAUACUACUUUGCAUAUUCCUGCUGGUGCUAAAUCAUUUGUUGAAAAUAAAGAUUCUAAAUAGAAAUUGUAAAUAAAAUAUAUAUGGUCUGGUCCUUUCGACAGACUUAAAUUUUAUCAUUUACAAAUAUUUUGGCCUUAUUUCAAGUUUCCUUUUUUUUUUUUUUUUAAAGUAUGUGGACCGUGUUUGUUAAUAUGGCAAGUCAUUGGCAGGUUUGGCUCCCUGUGCUGUUUUCUGUAAGGCCCAUAACAUUCCCGUUGUGCAUUAUGAUGCAGAUGACUUUUCAUUGCUGGAUUUCAGUGUUACCCUUCAUCUUGUCAUUGUAGUUGUUUAAACAAAUAGUAUCAAGUAGAAAACAAUUGGCAUUUGUUCUCUGCUAAAACUUCAAGAAAAUCAGCCGUUACUGUAAGCAUUUGGGGAAGUUGAUGAAAAUGUAAAAACCAGCCAUUUAAAAUAAUUUUAAAAGCUAAAUGUGUUUAUUAGUCUUGCCUAUAAAAUAAACUGGAAUAUGGUGUGUCAGUUGCUAAUAUUUUCUAUAAAUUGCUAGCAUUUCACAAUUCUUCUAGCAUCAAUUUAAAAACAUUGUAAAUACAAGCUUUGGAAGGAGGUGUAUUAGUUUCAGAUUGUGAUUUACAAAAUAAUUUAAAGACUAGUGAAUUAGUAUUUUGAGACAUUUUAAAUUACAACAUCUAGAACAUGAAGAUUAGCUUGUUGAUGUUAUAGAGAUAGGAUAUAGGGAGCUUUUGAUAAUCUACACUUUUUUACAUUCCUGAGUUUUGGUAUUUUAACAAAUGAGUAUUUAAUUUUCCAUCUACUGUGUCAUCAUAUGCAGGCCUUCUGAUCACCAAUUGCUGUCUUCAAAUGUUUGUUUUAGUUAGCAAAACGGACAGACAAAUUUAUGAACUGUAAACCCUUGUAGGAUGCAAGUUCUCUGAAGAGCCAUUUGGUUAAGUUGCCUUAUUCUAUUACAUUGCACUCAUGUCUCCACUUUCUUGUUUACUGUUCAGGCACUGAAGACGUGAUGUAAAAAUAUGUGCUACAAUUUUUUAUUCCUAAAUUACUGAUUAAUACCUUUGUGUCACCUGUUAAUACAGCUCUUGUAAAUGAUACCUUUAUGCCAUCUGUAAUACAGCUCUUGUAAAUUGUUUAAAUUAUUUUUCUUUUUAUAGAUUCUCGUUAUUGAAUGUACAGAUUAGAUCCCUUUAAUAUGUCACUGAGUAAUUUGACUGGGGCGCAAAUAUGGCCAAUGCUGUCAUUCAUCCCAUCAAAAUUGUAAAUAACUCUUUACUGCUUGUUUGCAUGAAGGAAGUUUGGAUUUCAUUUACUUUGUCAUAACCCAACUCCUCUGUGAUGGGCCUACUUUUUACAGUUUAUUUUCCUGGUUUUAUUACCAUUUGUUCUGUAUGAAUGUUGAAACAGUACUUUGUCUUUUCCUAAUAAAUAAUUUGAGAUUGUU